UAUUAUAAAAAUAUACUUUAUGGAAAUGGGAUUAUGUAGACUGGAUGAAAAACAAAAAUCAAAAGAACAACAUUGGUCACAUUUUGGCACGGAUUCAUUGCCGAUGAAUAAGCCCGAUAAUGCGUGUAGUUCAUCGUUUUUGGGAGCUGCUGCUGAUGGCACAACCACUGCAGGAGUAGACAUGACCCUUCAAGAAAAGUAUCAACAGUCCAAAUAUUAUAAUGGGUUUGAUGUCUUUACUGGUAGCAGUGGCGGAAGUAGCUCUUCUGCAACAACUGUUGCUGCACACGUACAUCAUAGUUGUGGCGAUGAUUCACCACCUCCAUCCAUUACGGGAUAUAAUUCCUAUCUCGAAGGUAUUCCGAAUACUGGAGUUAUACGUUAUGACGAUGCUUCUUUUUUGAAGAAUUUGAUUCCCGGACAAAAUCUUAACACUGAGGUAUCCAUUCACAACGUAAACGACUCGAAUUUCGCUCGCAAUGCUAACUCUCCACAGGCUCAUCGUGUCGAGAUUACACCUGUUUAUGGCGGCAACAGACCAGCAUCAUCCAACAGUCUGUUCGAUGCGAGUACUGUCCAGAAUAAUCAAGCUAAUUAUCGAGGCAACUAUCGUGAUCACUACAAUGAUUCCAAUAUAUUUUCCAAUAACAACAUUCAUAUGAAUCUUGGCGAGUUGGACACUGCAAUGAAAUACGAUUUUGAAUCGACUCAACCCUCCCAGGCAGCAACGUCUGCCACUGCAAAUGUGACAUCAAGUGAUAACCAUAACUCAAUAUUAGACAUUAACAACUUAUUAAGUAAUAAAAAUGGACCCACUGGCCUAGCCAGCCAUCGUACAUCUCCCUAUAUGGACGAAAAUACUCUAGAAGGAUUUGUACAAAAUCUAAAUUCGCUACACAUCUCUUCUAACGCAACAACAGCCACAGCAGCAGCAAAAGCAGGCGAGCAAAGCUCUCAAAUUAAUGGCAAUAGCAGCGGUAUUGGACACACAGUCACAACCAGUGCCAAUACAAAUGGUUGGUGGUAAACAUAAACUCAUGAACAAAACACAAACCACAUUCAUCAAAUUGAAUGUAGAUAGUCUCACACAAAAUAAAGUAAUACUAAUUAAAAUAAAACUAUUCAAAGAAUAGAUUCUUCCCCAUUUAUCUUUAUAUGGAACAUGUUUAUUAUUUGCAAUAUAUAUUGAUGAUAUUUCUUCUGUGAAUCAAUCAAUAAAUCGAAAUGAUUGAAAAUAGAAAACAGAGAAAUCAUUAGAUUUCACAUUCGCCCGUGUGAGUUGAACUCUGCAGUGAUUUAACUUACAUUUAAGAGAAUUAGAGAAGCCUGUUCGUUCUUUUUAUAUUAUUUUUAAAAUCCUACAGAUAUACAAGUAAAACGUACAUACAUAUAUUAAACGUAUCCAGCAGUAUUUUGCAAUUUAUAAAAAUAAAAACCAAUAAAAUCGUCUA